CCCCUCCUCCUGUAGAGAAAGCCGGUGGCCUGGCUGCUCAUCACCACACACACACACGCUCACACUCUCUCCUGCUGUCCAACAGUCAUCCCUCUGUGCUGCCGACUCCGGAUCCUCGGUGCUCGUGCUGUUGAACCGUCAGAGCGUCGGGAUGCGCGCCGUUCGACAGCGUCCAUGUCAGGGAAGCAGUGGAAGAAGCAUCGGUGUUGACAUCACAAUCGCAAAGGCCCCUGAAACUCAGUUCUGGACUCCUCCAGGUCUCUGGACCCACGUUGGACAACAGCAAGGUGACCUGGUGAAGUUAGACCUUGAGGCCUCUCACUGCCUCUCCCUCACACUUCAUCCUGUCUCUGGACAGCUUUGUCAUGGCGUCCUCCUUGAUCAGCCGUCAGUUUGCUCUCUCCCUGCAGAAAAAUCUGUGGCUCAGUGCUCCAGGUUGUCGAUAUGUCAGUAAGGCCGCACCAAAGACCCAGGUGGAGUUUGACUAUGAUGGACCCUCCAUGAAGACUUCAGUUCCUGGAACACGAUCACAAGAGCUCACAAAGCAGCUGGGAGACAUUCAGAAUGUUGGUGCAAUCAACUUCUUCUGUAACUAUGACGAGAGCAGAGGGAACUACCUGGUGGAUGUGGAUGGAAACCGCAUGCUAGAUAUCUACACUCAGAUCUCCUCCAUCCCAAUCGGCUACAACCACCCCGCUCUCCUCAAACUGAUGUCCAAUCCCAACAAUCUGAGUACACUUGUGAACCGACCCGCCCUGGGAAUCCUUCCUCCGGAGAACUUUCCAAACAAACUCACUGAAAGUCUUCUCUCAGUGGCUCCCAGUGGAAUGGGUCGUGUUCAGACAAUGGCCUGCGGCUCAUGCUCCAAUGAGAAUGCUUACAAAGCAAUGUUUAUCUGGUACAGGAACAAGGAGCGAGGCCACAACAUACCGUCUGAUGAAGACCUCAGCAGCUGCAUGGUAAACCAGGUCCCAGGUUGUCCAGAACUCAGUAUUUUAUCUUUCAUGGGAGCUUUCCAUGGAAGAACGAUGGGUUGCUUGGCAACAACACAUUCUAAAGCAAUCCACAAGCUGGAUGUGCCAUCGUUUGAUUGGCCGAUCGCUCCGUUUCCCAAACUGCAGUACCCGCUGGAGGAAUUUUCAAGAGAGAAUGCCCAGGAGGAGGCUCGCUGUCUGGAGGAGGUGGAGGACCUGAUCGUGAAAUGGAGGCAGAAGGGGAAGCCUGUAGCUGGGAUUGUAAUUGAACCAAUCCAGGCUGAAGGUGGAGAUAACCACGCCUCCCCAGACUUCUUCAGAAGCCUUCGCAACAUUGCAUGCAAGCAUGGCUGUGCUUUCCACGUGGAUGAAGUCCAGACUGGUGGAGGGAACACAGGAAAGUUUUGGGCUCAUGAGCAUUGGGGCAUGGAUGACCCUGCGGACAUUGUGUCCUUCAGCAAGAAGCUUCUCACUGGUGGCUACUACCACAAAGACGAAUUACAGGCUGAUAAGCCGUACCGCAUCUUCAACACGUGGAUGGGUGACCCAUCAAAGAACUUACUCCUGGCUGAGGUUCUAAAUGUGAUUAGAAAAGAAAAUCUUCUGGAGGAGGUGACCCGCUCUGGAAAAGCCCUGAUAAACGGCCUUUAUGAACUACAGGCUCAGUACCCCGGCAUAUUGAGUCGAGCUCGAGGACAGGGGACCUUCUGUGCCAUUGAUAUCUGUGAUGAUGCAACACGCAGCAGCAUCCUGCUCAAGGCCAGAGACAAAGGUGUCCUUCUGGGAGGGUGUGGGGAUCGAUCGAUCCGUUUCCGUCCUGCGCUGGUUUUCAAGGAUUACCAUGUGCACAUCUUCCUCAACAUCUUCAAUGAGGUGUUGGCCCAGCACAAGUAAAUGGUGACCCUGAAGGAACAUGACAGACACUGCAUGAGCCUGAGUUAAUCCAAAACGGAGGGAGGAAACUCCAGACAGUCCAUGUCAUAAGCACAAUCCACACACUUACUCACACAGAUCUCAUACAUCCUCUGUUUAAAAUCCAAUUAGCCAAUCUUCAUCUCCUUAGCCAGAAAUGAUGAUGAUAUUCUCUUGCUGUACCCAUGUUCAUGAUUCUUUAAAAUAAAUCUGUGGAAAUUGC